UUGAGAUCAGAGACAUACGACGAUCAGUUUCCUCAGCUCGUCUUUGAAGGCAUCACACGUUGGUGGACAUGAAGCUGAAUGCGCUGCUCUGGGUCAUGGCUCUGUUCAGCGUCCUCCUUCCUGGUUCCGCAGAUUGUCGUCCCCCCAUCACCCCCACAGGCCGCCGCCUCCUGCUCCUGCCUCGACCGCUGCUCCUCCGUCUUGGAGAGGAGUUUUCCUUGCGGCUGGGUGGAGGUGCUGCUCCCAACCUCCCUUCCUCAUCGGCAUUGGGAAAUCCAGUUCUGCUGCAGCUCACUCAACGCCUCCUGCAGCCUCAGACGGUGCGUCAACACCAAGAAGAGGAGGAGGAGAAGGAGAAAAGGUCUGAUGAGCCCCCCAUCUCUCUAGAUCUGACCUUCCACCUGCUCAGGGAGGUUCUGGAGAUGGCCCGGGCCGAGCAGAUGGCCCAGCAGGCCGACAGCAACCGCAAACUGAUGGAUGACUUUGGAAAAUAAAUAUUAAUUAAACUCAAAGUUUUAAAAAUCGUUGUGUGUUUAUUGCUUUGUGGGAAAUGGCCAAACAAAAACUCAACAGAACCAGUACAAGAAACUAUUAAAAUACGUCUUUGAAAACAGCG